GCGCUUCGACGCGUCCUCACAGGGAAUCUGCCUCCAAACACACUUUCAGCUGCCGCACCUGUAAUGGCGCAACACUCAGAACCUACGUCACCCUACCUCCUCUUCUGUGUUAUUGUCGGGUCGCUGACGGCCUUUCAAUUUGGGUACAAUUCUGGAGUUGUUAACCAACCAAGAGAUGCCAUGACAAAUUGUCCUUCAGCGCCAGGCGAGUGGCCCCAAAACUGCAUUCCUAUGGAUGACUGGCAGUGGGGUAUCUUUGUGUCGAUGUUCUUACUAGGCGGCAUUAUCGGGGGCCUCACCGGAGGACAUAUCGCGGACAAUCUUGGUCGCCGCCGCACGUUGCUUAUACUUAAUGUUGGCUUCAUCAUUGGAGGUGCCCUCCUGGCGCUAUCGUCAGCGCCAUUUAGUCUAUAUUUUGGCCGAUUUAUUAUUGGUAUCGCAGCCGGAACGGGGACGGUCGCAGUCCCGUUGUAUAUCAGCGAGAUCAGUCCGGUAGAGAAGCGAGGCACAUUGGGGAGUUUCAAUCAGCUUGCCAUUGUUGUGGGCAUUCUGGUUAGUGUCUUGGUUGGGAUCCCCUUAGCGACUUUGGAGAGGUGGAGGUACAUGUUUGGCUUAAUAUUAGUGCCAAGCAUACUUCAGAUGCUGCUGAUACCAUUUUGCGUCGAGACGCCAAGUUGGCUCACGUCCCAGAGUCUGGUUUUAGAUGCAAAAGAGGCUCUUCAGAAACUCAACGGCACUGCACUCGAAAAUGACGAGGCUGCCCGGAUGCUUCGCUCUCACUCAUCACUCUCACAGGAACAGGACAUUGAAGGUGGGGAACAGAAUGGAGACGACAUAAGUGAUGGAGAUGGUCCUAGCCAAGAUGCGAAGAUAUCUCUGAAGGAAAUUAUGACAAGACCCGAAUUAUGGAAGCCUAUUGUCGCUGGCCUUGGAUUGCAUGCGUCCCAGCAAUUCAGUGGCAUCAAUGCAGCUAUCUAUUAUUCAACCACGAUUUUUUCCCAGUCAUACAGCCAGUCCACAGCGAUCAAACUCACUGUUCUCCUCAGUCUCGUUAACUUGGCGUUCACACUUGUCUCUGGAAAUCAAAUUGACAAAGUGGGACGGCGCACGCUGCUUCUUGUAUCCCAAGGCGGGAUGGCCGCUUGUGCGUUGGGGGCGGUCGGAGCAUUUCGGUUACAUGCGGAUCCCUCCGUGGUCGUACUCUUUUUAAUGGCCUUUGUGGGAAUGUUUGCGGUGGGUCUUGGGAAUAUACCUUGGCUGAUAAUGCCAGAACUAGUUCCAUCGUCACUUCUUGGUCCAUCGGCAUCUGUUGGGACGGCGGUCAAUUGGUCGUCAGCCUUCAUCAUUGCACUUGUCUUUCCGCGUGCGAUUGCUAUACUUGGUUACGAUAUUUUCUACGUCUUCGCUGCCAUCCUGGUAGGGUCAAGUUUGUUCACCUACUUGUGUGUUCCAGAAACCAAGGGCAAAACCCCAGAGGAGGUCGCGAGAACCUUCAUGAUACGCCAUAGAGAGUAAAAGUUUCUCUCUAUGUAGCGAUGGAAUUGCUAUGUACUUUUACAUAUGAAAUUGUAGCAUGGGAAAUUGCGUUGAUAUUUUGUUCAUAAUUCUGUAUGAAAGCAAGAAUGUAAGCGAUUUGCCUUGGUCACGGUACAAUAUCCGUCGAGGGUGACUAUUGUGAUGGCAAUAAACCGACGGUGCUAGCAAGUAGGAUUGUUCCGAUCUCAUUCGUACUGUCGUGCAUGAAACACGCUCAUGGACAAAAUGAUCAUCAUGAUUGCUUUACUUCCCAUAAUAAUGAGCAGACAGAAGUA